UCAUUUGAAACUUGGUUUGACAGAAAUAAGAUGCGUAAACGUGAUGGUUAUUAAAUCGUCGACUAUUAUAUAUUUUUCAUAAUUAGAAAUUGCACAUCAGAAACUUAUUUUUGUUUUUGAUCUAAAUUAAUAUUAUAUAAUUGCUUUUUCAUAAUUUUUUGAUUAAAUGACUAUUAACUUGUCAAGUGAUAAUUAUUUCUUUAACACGAAUUUAUUUUUUUGCGCGUAAAGAAACAUUUGUGAUAAUUAUAUCAAAGUUCAAGGAUUCUUCGGUUUUUAAAUUUAUAAAAAAUAACUAUUCCGCUGGAUUUAAACACUAGUUUUAUUUCUAUUUUUAAAUUAAGUUAUACUUGACUACCAUUUUUCCUAAAAUGGUCGUAUUAUUACUCAAAACAUAUGCGUGUUGUGCGAUAUGUAAAUUAAUGCAAGGUCUACAAUGUCAGGAGUAAGAAGUAAAAAAUAUGAAAUUAGAUUUGCCCAUUUCGUUUACUCCCAGUUUAUAAUUGAUCAAUUGUUACUCUUACUCCUUACUCCAUUACUCUUUCUGAUAUUGUAAACCUUUCAUUAUAGAAGAGUCGCAAACAACUACUGAAGUAUGCAAAUCGUUUUCCUGUCGGAAAAACGUUUUAUCGCAAAUUAUUCGCAUCCCAGAGGCAUCUGUAUUUCUUAUAAAGCAACAUAAUUUUUUUCUGACUUCGAGAACAACGUAAUUGCUUGCAUAAUUACCAGUAGUAGCAAAGAACCGACCGCAAUUUACCGACGAAAGUUACAGAUUAACUUUACCGUAUCUUUUACCUGCACACAAUUACAGAUACUAUAUUUACCAUACGUUAAUCCCUAUAGCCGAUAAUUUUAUUUACCAUCUUUUAUUUCUGCUCUUUGCAUAACGACUAUCAAAAUAUGAUAAUGAUAUUUAAUUAUACUCGUGAAAUUAACUCGUGUUACAUGGGUGCGUCUUUAUAUUUUAUUGGCUUCAGUAAAUUCUCGCGUGAGAUGGUAAAUUGCGCCAUUUUAGCAGCCACGAGGUAUUUCAACAGCUCUUGCCUCGGGGAACGCAAUGCGUUUUGCAUCCGUACUGCGGUAAAAACGAAAAAACGUCGAGCGCAUCACGCUCUGGCUAGCGAGCUAACGGAUUAACGGAGAUACAGUUAAACCGACGGAAUCAGCGCGUUUCGGCCACACGCUGAGAUCAAUAUGUGUUUUUCUCAGACCGAACGCACGGGAGAAUGAAAUAUUUUGUUGCAAUUUUCGUCCGGGACGACCGGGAGAAACUCGAGCCGCGACGCUCGAGUUGGAAAUAACCGCGACCGCGUUGCGACCCUGCGCUUCCGGUUGCGCCUCCUUUGCCCCUGCUGAGAUUAUUGCCUUAUCUCAUUCCCCUAAUUUCGCACAAUUGACCACCGCCUCCGUGGCCCGCGUGACAUUCUCCCACGAUCUUCGGUUCCCCCGAAUUAAUCCUGUCGUUUUACGAUCAGUUAUGAUUGCUUCAUGAUGUUUCGCUCACCCCUUGCAGCACCGUGUAAAAUAAAGCUAAUACAUUUAUAAUAACGUAACAAAAUAUAUAUAUAAAUAAGUAAAUAUUUACAAUUAACGAUAUGAAUUAUAAUUAAUAAUAUUAUUUUCAUAUUAGAUUAAUUAUUGUUCUUAUUCCUUAAAAUCUUCAGAAUAAAGUAUUAUUCUUUUUAUAAUUUUAUUUUAUAUAAUUUUUAUAAGUAUCAGAAUAUACUAAUUAUGACCGAUGUAAGUCGUGUGACGUGUCCCGAAAGAUUAUCAGAUUCGAAUUUGGCCGUUUGCCUUUGAUAAAACGUAGACGUCGACCUUAAUAGAGACAACAUGACUCAUCGACAUGUCUCGCUGCAUGUCAACCGUCUCGUCUUACGAAUUCGAUUCAUCGCCAGGCGCCGCACGCAAUAACAAAAGUACGCGUCGUACGUGCCUAGCUCAUUAAGAAAUAAGAGAUAAGCAUUUCGUUUCCUGCCUAUUGUGUUAAAUACCGAUCCUCGCGUAGUGCCUUGCCCUCAAACUUCAAUUAAUCUUUCAAAUAAUUUUUUUUAAAGUUGUUUUAUGUCACACUCGAAAUUUUCUAUCUUCAGUGACAUCCAUCCUUUAUAUUUUUAUUAAAUUUUGUAUUAUAAAUUAAUUUUUUACAUCUCAAAUACAGUAUAAAAUAAUAAUUACGGUCAAUUGUUCCGACUUCUCGAUAAAGAUACUAUCAUGUUUUUGGUAGUUUCAUACUGUGUAAAAAAAAAAAAUUAAAUGGAAUCUUAGACAUCUUCGAAAAAUCCGGGCCUAUGUAACAGAACUGCUUUAAAAAACCGCCUUUUCUUACUUCCCGAAUAUCGCACGAGUGACCGCGCACGUCGGUGCCGACGACGCGGAUGUUAACGGGAACGGAGGACAGACGUUACAAUAAUAGACGGAGGCGUCGUCGGGAAAAGACCGUGAAGGAGUUCGGCGCGUAGAGCUGGAGACGGAACGCGACGACUAUCUCGAUUGUCAUCGUCUUCGACGAGGACGGCGGAGAGCGCGAAGAGUGCGCCGCUUUAAGAGUGAUUCACGAGAUAAAGACCUCUUCGCAGUAUCUUGUGCCCCGUCCCUGUGUACUUUUGGAAUCUUUUUAACAGCGACAUCCUGCUUUAAGAACUCGCGAUAGAGUGAAUGCGUUCCUUGCGUUACUGCCAAUUAACAUUGUAACUUGAGACGACUAGCCAUUACGAAUGCCUGACAUUAGUGGAAGUACUAUUUGUAGAUAUUAUUAUUUAAAUAUUUUCCAACGGCAGCAUCGCAUUUGUAGAAAAUGAUGUACGAAAGAGUUGAACUGUGUUUGUUCAAAUUUUGCUACAAUUCACGUGAACACAAAUGUUUAUUUAUUAAAGAAUCGAAAAAUUAACAUACACAAUAUUAAUUGCGAUAAUAAUUCAGCUAGCCGUACAUGAGGUAUACGUUUUUAAUUAUCUGAAAAAGUUCGGCGAAACGAUUAAAACUGUAAAAUUGAUAUAAUUAAACGCGCGCUAAUUUUAUAUUUCAUUUAUUACAUCCCGACGUUUGCAUGCGCCAAUGGUAAUUAUAGGCAUUACAAGGCACGCAUGUGUGGUGCUGUCCCAGAAUUCAUGUGACCGAAACGCUUCCGUUAAACGUGAUACCUUCCUCCAAAAAAAAAGAGAAAAAAAAAGAGAGUUCUAUACUCCUGUUACAGUUCCGGUGACUGAGCUCCAAGGUAAUUCGAUAUAAAGAACAAUCAUCGUACCGUAAAGAACAAUCGAAGCCCGCAGCUUCCGGGAAUUAAUUUGUAGCGGUGAUUAAUAAGCGUUAUUAUUUUUAUUACUAUACUACUAUUCGAAAGUCCAAUUUCGCAGCUCGAAAACGCUGGAGAGGCGCUGCCGAUGGAAUAAUGACCGUUCGCUUUGAUGAUCAGCGAAGCCUCGCGCGGCGCAUUCGGCAAGAAAAGACAAGCCGACUGGAAGUGGUAGCCUCGAGGGUUGCAGCAGGGUCUGCACGCACGCCGGGGUUCGCACGUGCCCUUUUCGGAGGACGCAGCACCCCGCGAUACAGGAACCCAAUUCCCCCACGUUUUCCCCCUUCCCCUCUUAUGCCGCUUAUCACCGUAAAGUUCUUUUGCCCCCUUUCCCUUGCUCUCUUCCAUUUUUUUCUUUGAACUCCUCCCCGCUCUUCUUCCGAGACUUAAAUCCCGUCGUCAUCGACGUCGUCCAAGCUCCGGGAGAGCGGAGCUCAGGACGCCGACACUAGCGCGCCCCCCUCCCCCAAAUAAUGCUCGUCGCUUCAUUCUCAGGCUCGACUCGCGACGGCUGGCUGCACUUCUCCUCGGCUCGGUUGCACUCAGCCGCACAAGCACCGCACUCCGUUUCGACGCGUCGAGCGUGCACGCACGGACCCGAUCCACGGCAGGACAGAGGAGUCCCGGAUCUACGGCAGGACCAGAAGAAAAAAAUCGGCCUUCCCUCUCGCCACGUCGUUUUCCCCGCACCGAGAAAAAAAAGCAAGAUGAGAGAGAUCGUGCACCUGCAGGCUGGACAAUGCGGCAACCAGAUUGGCGCAAAGUUCUGGGAAGUUAUUUCCGAGGAGCACGGUAUCGACCAGUCGGGCAUUUAUCAUGGUGACAGCGAUCUACAGCUCGAACGAAUCUCUGUGUACUACAAUGAAGCAUCUGUUGCGACGUCUACGAAUGGAGGAAAAUAUGUACCACGCGCGAUCCUGCUGGACUUGGAGCCAGGAACGAUGGAUGCCGUUCGUUCCGGUGCUUAUGGGAAGCUCUUUAGACCGGAUAACUUCGUGUUUGGACAAUCCGGUGCGGGUAACAACUGGGCGAAGGGCCACUAUACCGAGGGUGCCGAAUUAGUCGACUCUGUCCUCGAUGUGGUGAGAAAGGAGUGCGAAAACUGCGACUGCCUUCAAGGUUUCCAGCUCACUCAUUCACUGGGAGGUGGUACCGGGUCCGGUAUGGGCACCCUGUUGAUCUCGAAAAUCCGCGAGGAGUAUCCCGAUCGGAUUAUGAACACUUACUCGGUGAUGCCGUCGCCUAAAGUGUCCGAUACCGUCGUGGAACCCUACAAUGCCACUUUGUCGGUGCAUCAGUUGGUGGAGAAUACCGACGAGACCUAUUGCAUCGAUAAUGAAGCUCUGUACGACAUCUGCUUCCGCACUUUGAAGGUUUCCAACCCGAGUUACGGUGACCUUAAUCAUCUGGUCUCACUCACUAUGUCCGGAGUAACUACUUGUCUUAGGUUUCCCGGCCAAUUGAAUGCCGAUCUCCGAAAGCUCGCGGUAAACAUGGUACCUUUCCCACGUCUGCACUUCUUCAUGCCAGGCUUUGCACCUCUAACAUCCCGGUCCAUGCAGCAAUAUUCCGCGCUCUCCGUGCCAGAACUUACACAACAAAUGUUCGACGCGAAGAACAUGAUGGCGGCCUGCGAUCCACGCCAUGGCCGAUACCUCACUGUGGCGGCGGUCUUUCGCGGUAGGAUGUCGAUGAAGGAGGUGGACGAGCAGAUGCUCAGCGUGCAAAACAAGAACAGCUCGUACUUCGUCGAGUGGAUACCGAACAACGUGAAAACCGCCGUGUGCGACAUCCCGCCGAAGGGUCUGAAGAUGUCGUCGACCUUCAUCGGCAACACCACCGCUAUACAGGAACUGUUCAAGAGGAUCUCCGAGCAGUUCACGGCGAUGUUCAGAAGAAAGGCCUUCCUCCAUUGGUACACCGGCGAGGGCAUGGACGAGAUGGAGUUCACCGAGGCCGAAUCUAACAUGAACGAUCUGGUAUCCGAGUACCAACAGUACCAGGAAGCCACGGCGGAGGAGGAUUUCGAGACGGAGGAGUGCGCCGACGACUUCGAAACCUGCGAGCAGGAAAACUGAAAGCAGCGAGACAUUUCCUUCUAUUAGGUUUAUCUUCAGCUUUUCUGUCUCUGUCCCAUCGUCGUAGGAACUUGCAUUACGUGUGAGGCUCACGAAAAGUCAUCUUUUGAUACUUUUAUAUAUACGAUGCGCUUUGUAAUCGCUGAGAUGGGCGUAAUGUAGGCGAUAGAGAUUUUUUUUUAAUAAAUUGUGUGAUAUCGAAAUAUUUAUAAAGGUCAAUAUUCGAAGAUGGAUAGAAUUAUGGCGAAUAUUAAAUUAAUGCGAAAAGUAAUUAUUUAAACUUUAAAGCGUAAAAUAACUUCUUUUAUUGAUCUUUUGUUAUGUCUCUUGUUAUGUCCACGAUACGCCUAUGUUAUAUAUUCAGCUUUACUAGUGAUAAUUAUAAGGAUUUUGAUAUGUCAUUUGGACAAAUGUGACUUGGACUGAAGUGUAAUAAAAAUCGUUGAAAAAUCAA